AUGAAAUUUAUCUAGGUUUUUAUUUUCUUUGAAAUUAAUCAGAUUAAUAGAGUCUAAAAAAAUACUCAUGAAUCAAGUUAAUUAUUAAUAGUUAAAACCUUUAUUGCUUCAGCUGGACUUUAAUUUUAAAUAGAAAGUUAAAUUUAAAAGGGAUAUUCUUCAUUGUUGGUAUUUCAUUUUUAAGUGAUUUUGAUUACUGUUGACUAAAAAAAUGAUUGGUUAUAAAAUUUUAUAUCUAAGAAAGUAUUGCAAGAAUUUAUUAAAACAUUUAAUAGAACUUGCAUAGAGUUUUCUAUUGGCAAUUUAAUUUAUCUUGUUUUGAUUUUAUUUGAUUUGAAUGGAAAAAUAUCAAUUUUUUUAUUAUAUGUUUAGAUUAAUCAAAUCAAAAAGAAGAGUUUCUAAAUUUUUCAUUGA